AUGAAUUCUGAAAAUACAAAAGUAGGCAGAGAAAAAUCCACAGAUUACUCAGAUAUUGUAAAUACUGUAAUUAGUCCUGAGCAAAGAAUAAUUUUAAGUUAUGAAACCUAUCGAUCAACUUUAACUUCAUAUCCAAAUACACUCUUAGGCACAAUGUUUCUGGAAAGAAAUAGAUCUUUACUUCAUCCUACCAAUAAUAAUGAAUACUUUUUUGAUAGGGAUGGAUAUAUAUUUAGAUAUAUUCUUCAAUUCUAUAGAACUGGUGAAAUAUUUUGGCCAGAUACGAAUCCAUUACCAUCAUAUUAUCAUGCAGACUUAAAUUCCGAUCAUAAUAAUCAAUUACAAAUUUGUUCCCACUUUCCUAAAAUUACCAACAAAGAAUUAAUGGCUGAAUUGACCUAUUUUCAAAUUCCUUUUCCUUCUAAAAAACCUUUAUCCAUUACUCAACAAGCCAUAUUAGAUAAUAUGAAUUUAAUGAUAACCACCUUAGAACAAGUAAUUCGUUUUAUGUCUAGCGUAUUUUUACUUAAAGCCACUAUAAAUUUUGGAGUAGAUUCCACCAAUAAUUCAAUAAUUACGUGUAAUCGAUUUCACGAAUCAGAGAUAAAUGAAAUAGUUAAGAGGAUUUAUAAUUUUGCAUAUAUUAUGUUCAUAUCAUUUGGUCAAAGAAUAGCAAAAAAGAUUAAUCGAGAUAAUCCUGAGGUGGAAUUGAAAUUUACAAAAAUUCGAAGAAGAGUUGAAGUGGAAAUUUCCAUUGUAUAUGAUGAUUUCAAUUUGGAUUCAUUAGCCACCGAAAACAUCUCCCCUUCCGUAUUAAGAAGAAUCACAAAAGAGCUGGCAGCUCUCAAAGUGCAACCUCCGGAAGGGAUCCGAGUUUUAAUGAACGAACUUAACGUCUGUGACGUUCAGGCUUGGAUAUCGGGGCCCGGUACCCCAUAUGAAGACGGGUACUUUAAAAUCAAAGUAAUAUUUGGUGCGGACUUUCCAAGUGUUCCUCCAAAAUGCAUUUUUAUUACCAAAAUAUUUCAUCCCAAUGUGUCAAAAUCUGGGGAAGUUUGUGUGGAUACAUUGAAGAGAGAUUGGAACAAGGAAUAUGGUAUAGAGCAUAUUCUCCUGACGAUCAAAUGUUUGUUGAUUGUUCCGAAUCCUGAGUCGGCUCUUAAUGAUGACGCGGGAAAAUUACUUUUAGAAAGCUACGAGGAUUAUGCGAAGCGAGCACGAAUUAUGGCCAAUAUACAUGCUCAACAUAAACCGGCCGUAUUUUCUUCGAAUAACACCACAUCUACCUCGUCAACAUCGUCGAGUAAUAUGUCCACAUCUUCAUCAUCAUCUCCAUCUCAAAAAAUUCAAACCAAACUACCUAUUACCAACAGUAUUCCGUCUUCGACUCAUUCGACUUUGAUUACUCCUCUUACGGUAUCGAAAUCAAAUAAUGAAUUUGAAACUACUGGAAGUGUUAAAAAAAAUACAGUAUCCUCUACUUUAGAUAAUUCAAGUUCUUCCAUUAUCCCAAAGAAACGUACUGGAGAUAAAAAAUUGGAUAAAAAGCAAGCAGACAAAAAACGAAGUUUAAAGAGACUUUAA